AUGUCGGCCGCCCCAGCGCUCACCGCCUUGACGGUGCUGUCGCUCUUGACUGCUCUCCCUCUCCCCUCGCCUGCCGCACUGGAACUUCUUUCCACGUACGCUCCUCUUGCUCGCCCUUCGGCUCUCUCCUCGUCGCAUCUGUCCAAGUGGCUCAACCGCCUCAAUGCGUCUGUGUCGGCCCGUGAGCCCGCCGCUGCUGAGAUGGGUGCCGAGGUGAUCAGGCAGGAUGUUGAGGGCCAUGCGGCUUCCCAGUAUGGAAAGGCGUGGAUGGGUGCUUGUCUUGGUUCCCUUAGCUCUGCCGCUACCCCCGUCGACGCUCUCCCGGCCUUCCUCGAUCUGGUCCGCGCUCUUGUCGCCGCCGCGCCGUACGCUCCCACGUUUGAGCGUGAGGUUGUUCAGCCUGCAAUGGGCAAGCUGGCCGUCGCCAUGAGCCGCCUUAUCGAGCGCCUCGUCGCCGACGGCGAGUGGAACGCUCUCCUCCCGACAAUGGAGACUGUGCGCGCGCUCGUGUCUGCCAGCCCUGCUCCUUUCCGCCCCGCCGUUAACACGAUCCGUCCUGCUCUCACUGGUUUGGUCCUCCGCACCUCGGCUGGUGCCCCUGCAGCUAUCCGUGGCCCGGCCGCGGACACACUCGCGCUUCUCCACAUGUGCAGCGGCAAGGCUGCUGCCCCGGCUACGUGGGGCUCGGACAUGAAGGAUGCGCUUGGUGGUGUUGCUGCUUCCAUCUCCGCCCUCGCCGCCGAUGCUUGGGAGGAGGAGCCACCUCGUACUGCCCCCCUGCCGCCUUCGGCGUCGACGCCGGGGUUCCCCCUCGACCCUCUGCUUCGCGUCCCAGCCGCUGUUGAUGCGAUUGAGGGCUACACCGAGAUUGCGCUGUCGCUGCUCUCGGUGACCAGCCAGCGUCCUGUGCCCAUCCCCCUGGCACAGGUGGUCUCUACCUCGCUCCGUCUGCUCAACCUCACGCUUGACACCCCUACCGCUGCCCACAUCAGCCCCCAGCACCACGCCGCCAUGGUCGCUAGUCUCCCCCGCCUGUGGGCUUCGGGUCUCCUUCUCCUGGCCACAGCUGCCACUGCGGCUGGCGACCACCUCGUCCCCCACCUCGCCUCUGUCCUCGAGCACACCGUCUACCUCCUCGAGCGCGUGCCCGCGUCCAUGAGCGAGUCGCGUCUCAAGCUCUUCCACUUCCACUCGAUUCUCCUGGAGGUGUUCCCCCCUGCCAUCCUGCCGCUCGAGUACACUACUCGUCUCCUGCGCUUCUCCCUCAGCAUUAUGGGAUCCCUUCUUGACACUCGUCCCCAGUCCUCGUCGACUAUUACCCCUCAGCACCGUAGCAAGGGCAAGAAGCGUGCACGCGGUGCCGAGGAUGCGCUUGUCGCGGGUCUCGAGGGCCGCGCGUCUCGCCCUCCUUCUCAGGAGGUUGUGGACAUUGUCCUCGCCGCCCUCGAGCUCACGCGUCAGCUGCACACUGCCCCGAUGCUCCCCGCCGCGCUGUUGACAUUUUCAAUCCGUCUGCACCUCUCCCUCCACCUUGCGCUCGCAUCGCGCCCCGCGCUCGUGAGCCACGGUCUCCUCACUUCCGCCGUGGAUGAUGUUCUCGAGGAGGCGGCACACCUCGAGGCCGGUGGUACUGCGCGUGACGUGCGUGCUCUGCUCGUCUCUGUCCUUCCCUCAACCUCGAAGAGGAACAUGGCCUUUGACGCCCUCCUUCACCCCGCCCUGCCUCCUAUGGCCCGCCCCCUUCCCCCUCUUGCCCAGCUGCACAUGUUUGCGCCUGAGAGCGAUGAGGAGAAGAAGGUCAGGAGGGAGCUUGGGUUUGGCGGUGGGGAUCGUGACCAGGACGACGACGACGAGGAUGACGACGAGGCCAUGGCCGUCGACGAGCCUGUGAGCUUUGUUCAGCCGGCUGUCGUGCCCGUUGUCACCCCCGUGGUCCCCGCUGUCGUCAUGCCCGUCAUGGCGCCCGUGGCACCAGUCCAGUCUGCUCCUGCGCCAUUCUCGGUCCCUGUCGUUGUCCCGGCUCCGGCACCCGUCGCUGCUCCUAUCGCCGCCCCUGUUGCUGCUGCCGAGCCUGCCGUCCCGUCGGUGCCAUUCAUGUCUGCGCCUUCGUCCAAACCCUCGAGCGCGUCCGUGGCUGAGGCGGCACCUGUCGCUGCGGCCCCGGCCCCCGCGGCUGACGGUGACUCGGAUGGCGAGGCGAUCCCCGAUCUGGACAGCGGAAGCGAGGAUGAGGACGAGGAUGACGAGUAG